AACCAACUUAGAAAGAUAAAAGAAUAAAUGUCUCAACAAUUCCAACCCCAAAUUUAUCCCUACAACAAUGUCCCAACUCAUCCAGACAGCAACCUUCCAUCUCAAUCCUCAGCAUCAUCGUCGUCGUCCCACUCAAACGGAUCGUACGGGAUGGCAUUUUUGGUCCUCGGGGCAAUCUUGGUUUUAGGCGUGUUGGCCUGCAUUGCCAAUAGGCUGUGCAGCAAAAGAAGCAAUCAUCACAAUAAUAAUGACACUUACAAUAAUGGUCAUCGUCAUCCUCUUGGCAAGCCCGCGAAGCCGCCUGCAGAUCAGCAUCAUCAAUCAGGGGACUUGGAGUUAGGGAAGAACGUAAACACUCACCAUUCUGCCAAAGUUGGAGACGCCAGUACAACCGGAGGUCAGAUCAGAUGAACCGCCAACUUAAUUACCUCUCCAAGCACAUGCCUUGUAAUCAUGGCAGGUUGAUUAUAUUCAAGGAGCAACCUCACUUUCCAGCUCAUCAUCAUAUUCAAUAUAGUUUCUCUUAGAUUUCCUCUUGACAUUGAAAUUAAAUAAUAACAUUCAUACAAAUAUUAAUAUUGUCAUUAUACUCCAACCAUCCCUUAAAAACUUAAAACUUUCUUUUUAUGGAUGUCUCUAAAUAAUGUCUCAUUUCACAGAACUCAC